AUGUUUGGUGCCGUGCGUCGUUUCGGUACUGCCCAUGCGCUACGUGCAGUGGUGCCGCGCUCCACGCAUGUCCGCUGGACUCCUCAAUUGUUCAAAUGGCAGCCCUCGUCGACGCUUUCCCCUGGCCUGGUCCGGUCUUUCCAGACUUUCCCGGCCCUGCGUGAGGCCACCGCUGCCGCUGCCGCUGAGGCUGAGGCCGAGACUGGGGUGAAGGAGACCUCCGAACAAGAACUCAUCACAGAGUUUGCAGAUCUGCAAACAUCGGGCCUCAUCAGCCCUUCGCUGAUCCGAAACAUCACUCAUCCCAGCCGCAUGGGUCUGAAGACCAUGACCGAUGUUCAGAGUCAAACCAUCAACCAGAUGCUUCAAGGUGUCGAUGUUUUGGCCCAGGCAAAGACUGGAACCGGCAAGACCCUUGCUUUUCUCAUCCCAACCAUGCAGAACAUCCUCAAUGAUCCCACAUUCGUUCAGACUCGCAAAACUGGCCGUGGACGUACCGGAGCCAGCUGCGCCGAUGUUCGCGCCCUCAUCAUCUCGCCCACCCGCGAAUUGGCUGAGCAAAUCGCUGCGGAGGCGAUGAAGGUUGCAGCCAACACCGGUCUCAUCGUUCAGACUGCUGUCGGUGGUACACAAAAGUCGUUUGGAUUGAAGAAGAUGCAGCGCGAGGGUUGCCAUCUUCUCGUUGGAACCCCUGGCCGUCUCAAGGAUAUUUUCUCUGACCCCAGGAGUGGCGUUGCGGCUCCCGGGCUGAACACCCUGAUUCUCGACGAGGCUGAUCGUCUGCUUGAUGACGGAUUUUCGCAGGAGAUUAGAGAACUCCAAGAUCUUUUCCCAGACCCAUACAAGGUGGACCGUCAGACACUCAUGCUCUCGGCUACCGUGCCCCGUGAGGUGAUGAGAAUGGUUGACAGAACUAUGAAGCCGGACUACAAGUUCGUCAAGACCAUUCGGGAGGACGAGGCCCCUACCCACAUGCGGGUGCCUCAGAAGGCUGUUUUCAUGCAAGGAUAUGAAAAUAUUCUGCCCACUAUCCUCGACCUUGCCAAGGAGUACAAGGCUCGCCAAAGCGAGGACCCCAGCCUGCGUCCAUUCAAGGCCAUAAUCUACGCCAAUGCCACAAGCGAGGUCUCACUCUAUUCCAGUGUCUUCGAGGAGCUUCGUGUCUCCCCCGAAGACCGCCGCCGCCCACUGGGUCGUAUGGCCAUGAUUGAGAUUCAUUCCAGGCUCACCCAGGCCGGGCGCACAGCUGCGGCCAACAACUUCCGAAGGGCAACUGAGGCCAUCCUCUUUUCUUCGGACGUGACUGCCCGUGGUAUGGACUUCCCGGAUGUGACCCACGUCCUUCAGGUGGGUGUUCCCCGCGACAGAGUGACCUACGUCCACCGUCUCGGUCGUACCGCUCGUGCCAACAAGACCGGUGAAGGCUGGAUCUUCCUCACCGAGGGUGAGCGCCAGCAUUAUCACAAGCUGCUUAGCGGUAUUCCGAUCGAAGAAGACCGCACUUCCUUCCCUGUCGCCUCCUACGACAUGACCGAGGGCCUCUCAGGUGAGCCUGAUAGCUCCCUUGCCCAGACCACGAGUGCCAUGGCCAUGUUGCCCCCUGCCACCCGUGAAACCGCCUGGAAGUCCCAGUUCGGCACCCUCAUCCCGACACAUGGAGACCGCCGUGCCUGCGUCGCGGCGAUGAACCGCAAUGCCGUCCACGGAUACUGCCUGCCCGAGCCUCCCGCUAUCAGCGCUCGUGUCGCCCAAAACCUCGGCAUUAGCCGAAUUCGCGACCUGAACGUUGAGGGACCUCGCCGUGACUUUGACGAUGAUCGACGUCCCCGCAGCGGGUUCGGCCGCGAUUCCAACCGCGGUGGCUUUGGUCGUGACUCUGGUCGUGGUUUCAGCCGCAACUCAGACCGUGGCUCAGACCGUGGCUCAGACCGUGGUCGCCGGUCAGGCGGUUUCAACGAUCGCAGUCCUCGCGGCCGGUACAACAACUUCGUCGACCGGGAUAGUGGAUUUGGCGGUCGAUCCCGCGAAUUCAAACCAACCCGUCGCAGCACCUUUGAUGACGACUUUUAA